UGAGACACCUUUACCUUUUGACUCUUCUGCGCGUGGUUGCGUUACUGUGUUAGAGAGAGAGCGAGAGAGAAGAGAGACAGAGAGAGGAGAGAGAUGUCGUACUUGCUGCCGCAUCUUCACUCUGGAUGGGCCGUUGAUCAGGCAAUCCUCACCGAAGAAGAACGCCUUGUGGUUAUUCGUUUCGGUCAUGACUGGGACGAGACCUGUAUGCAGAUGGAUGAGGUGUUGGCCUCAGUUGCUGAGACGAUAAAGAACUUUGCAGUAAUAUACCUUGUGGAUAUCACUGAGGUUCCUGAUUUCAACACAAUGUACGAGCUGUAUGAUCCUUCCACUGUCAUGUUCUUCUUUAGGAACAAGCACAUAAUGAUUGAUCUUGGUACUGGUAACAACAAUAAGAUAAACUGGGCCCUCAAGGAUAAGCAAGAGUUCAUCAAUAUCAUUGAAACAGUCUAUCGUGGAGCAAGGAAAGGACGUGGUUUAGUCAUUGCACCUAAGGACUAUUCAACCAAAUAUCGCUACUAAGACGUUCUGCUGCUUCUGCAAGUUCUUAUUGAUCUUAAAUUUUAGAGAUCGCGUCUCGAAAAUGUGUACUCUAUGACAUUAUUCGCUCGUGAAAAGGAUAUGGUUUAUUUUGGAUGUCAUUGUGUGCCAUGACUUCUCAAAACAUUUGAUCACUGUUGGACCUCUGAUGAGGGAAUAUAACUGUUUAUGGUAAACAAGUCUUUUGAUCAGGUAUGUUUUGGUUGAAUAA